UUCUCUUUCCUGAGUUCUUUGAUCCCGAAUUUGUAUAUUUAUUGUUUUCCAAUUCCUCUGACAUGUACCUUCUGCACGGCUUACUUCUGGAACUCAUCUGUUGUUUGCCGUCUCUCGCUUUCGUUCCAUACAUCACUAAGUUUAUGAAUCGCUUCUGGAUCCAAAGCUCCAGGAUCUGAACCCUAAUUUUCUUGCGUAUGCUCUUAAUGUGCGCUUACCUGCCGUAGCCAUCCGGAAGGGUCAUGUGAGUUGCUCGAGUUUAGACAGCUUUGUAUUUGUUGCUUCCAUUGGAAAACUUUUUUUGGUUUAUUUGAUAUGCACAAAAUGGGUAAGUGGAAAGGUUGUGGAAAACUAGGACGACUGGUGCCAAGAGGUGGUUCUAUGACUUCUUACAAAUAUGCUCUUUUGUUAUCACCUGUUGUCUCUGUCUGGGAUUGCAUUGUUAGGAAAAUGAGGUACUCCUACAGACCUGAGUGGGUGUAGUGUUUAGGAUAGUAAAAUUAUAGUAGAUUUUCGAUAAAGUGAUCCACUAUAGAUUUUAUAGCAUCAUGAUGAAAGGAUGGAAAAACAAUUACAAGGAUACAUAUACUACUACUUACAAUUAGUUCUUUGAAAAGCUUAGUUAGGUAUGGCUAGUUUUGUGGCUAGUAUGGGUAAUAAAGGACAACCUAUCGUGAAGAAAGCAAAAAAGAAGCAGGUAAAGGAUGAGUUGGAUCGUCAGAAACAAGCUGAGAAGAAAAAGAGGCGGUUAGAAAAAGCCCUUGCUACUUCAGCAGCUAUUAUAUCUGAACUUGAAAAGAAAAAACAAAUGAAGAAGGAAGAACAACAGAGGCUGGAUGAAGAAGGUGCUGCUAUUGCUGAGGCUGUUGCUCUGCAUGUUCUGAUUGGUGAAGACUCAGAUGAAUCGUACAAGAUUCUUCUAGAAAAUGAGGGUCUCAACCACUGGGAGUGCCCUGGCCAAUUUGACCACGUAAUGGGUGUUACAAGGCCAGGCAUUCCAGUGCAGGAGUUCGGGAGGUGUUCACUUGAAGGGACUGGUUGGACCUCUAACAUCGAUGGAUUCGGAUCGAUGUGGCAUGGUUUUAGGAAUGAUUACUGGUCAAUCUCGGGUGCACCUUAUGCCGAGGAUCACCACACAUUAUGUUUCAAGCAAGUUGAUGGUGGUGUAAGUGAGAUCUCUGCUGGAAUUAUCGCAGCACAGGCUGUUUCAUCUCUUCAGAUUACAGUGGACGAGAAGGAAGAAAUCGACGUCCUUAACAGAAUCCGAAGGGGUAUGUAAAUUACUUCGCAGGUUAGUAAUGGUGAUACCUUGGUUUGGUUCAUGAUCCUUCAUUGUUGAACUGAGUUAUGCCAUUUGCCCGGGAGUUCCGUUGUUUUUUCGCAGGGGAGUUCCAAGUUAUCGAGUUCUUGUAGUGUGCUGCCAGGCAUGCUCAGCAGCAGUUUAAAAGCAUUCUUUUCCAAGCCUGUUCAUUGAGAUCGCUAGUCCAGUGGCUUGUUGAAUUGUAUUUUAUAUGAAUUUGUACUGUAUAAAAUGUUACAUGCUUCAAUGACUUAACUGGGUUGCUUAUUCUGCUUGGGAGUGAAUGCUGAAAUUAGUAAUUGUUCCAAUGGUUAUA